CCUUUCGUCCAAUUAGAUUUUAAAUUUCAGUGCGCGCCCCUGGUCCCAGCGAAAGAGCCGGAGGAACCGAUAGCCGCUUCACCGUUAACUGUCUGUCUCUGCUACUAAUAAAACCACGGGAAAACAGCACAAUGUCUGAAGAAAAGCCAAAGGAGGGAGUGAAGACAGAGAACGACCACAUUAACCUCAAGGUAGCUGGUCAGGAUGGGUCAGUCGUACAGUUCAAAAUUAAAAGGCAUACUCCGCUCAGCAAACUAAUGAAGGCAUACUGCGAAAGACAGGGAUUGUCAAUUCGUCAGAUAAGGUUUAGGUUUGAUGGACAGCCAAUUAAUGAAUCAGACACACCUGCACAGCUGGAGAUGGAGGAUGAGGACACUAUUGAUGUAUUUCAACAACAGACAGGAGGAGUCUGCUCUUAAGUCGGAUGUGGACUCUUGGAAGAACAUCCACAUCGUUAUUUUCAUGUUGUAUUUGUUUUCACAUAAUUUUUUUUUUUUUCUCUCACUUUGUUUGGUCAGGCUGUUCACAACAUAAAGAAGGUAGCAGGUUUUUUCAUUUAGGGUCAAAUCCAAACUUUGAGAUGCAGGGUAAUUUUUUAAAAAGUGUUUUAUUCACAUAAAUGGAUGAUUUGAAAUUGUCCAAGGCAGGGACACGUCUCGGAUCAGAUAUGGCUCCUAAUGAAAAACCCCACUGCGUUCUUUUGAUGUUGAAAUGACCUCAUGCAUGUCUCAUAAACCAUAAGCUGAACUACAUGCCAAAAUCCUUCUUUGUUUUCUUUGGUUUUUUUUUCCUCCACAUUGUUGUGAGCAUUUAAAUUCAGGGUGGGCUCAACUAUUUUUAAUUAAUGUACUUGAUAGGGUUGCUAUGGAGAAAAACUGCUGGAUGGGAGCCUAUGGUUUUUCUUUGUAGGUGGGAAGACAUUACAACAUAUUUGUCAUGUAAAAAAAACUUUUAAUAGUUUUUUUUCUUUUAAGGAGCAUUCAAAAUAAUUUGAUGUAUCCACGCCCAAGGAAAAAAAAAAGCUUAUGCCGAGAAAGAUCCACAUGGAUGGUUUACCUCAAUACUGUCACCCUCGACUCAAUGGUAAAUACAAUACAGUACAGUACAGUUAUGUUUCUGGACCAAAAAGCUAAAUGAAUAGUGUUCUUUUAUAAAAGGGGUUGGUUGUUAUAUAAUAUGUAAAUGUAAAGGGUUACUGUGACUGUAACAGUGGUCUUUGUUGUCGCACAGAAAGAGAACAAUUCUCUCAAUGUGUACAUUGAUUUCUCUCCACAUUUUUAGAUCUUCAGAAUAAAAAUAAUUCACCUUUACAAGUCCAGAAAUUGAGUGUCUCAUCUUAAGGUUAUAUAUUUCAGUCAGUGUAGAAACAAAUAUUGAGUCAAUGCUGUGUUGCCAAUUUGAAUAAGUUUGUCCAAAUUCUAUCCAAACCAAUACCAUUAGCAGAUAUUAUCCAUUGUUUUGGUUAUUUUUGUACAUUAUUUGUUGUCCCUCUACUGUAUACAAUAAAUAUAGUUUGAUACUCA